AACCUGGAAUCCCGAUCAAUAGGAUUCCCGAUGAACUGCUCGCGGAAAUCCUGCAGAUCGUGUGGGGCGACUGUCCUCCUCACUGGUCUUUCGUCACCAUACUACUGAUCUGCCGCCACUGGUACUUCACUGCGGUCUCCUCUCCGACCCUUUGGACUGAGGUCACGACCAGUAUGCCGCUCCCGGUCCUCGAGACCUGCUUGCGCCGAUCGCAUGGGGCAAGCCUUUCGCUUACUACACCAGUUGCGUGCACGGCCGUUUCCCACAAUGCCCGGCUCCUGAACGUACUCGCUCCGCAUUUCGACCGACUCGUGGAUCUGUAUACAUACAGCUUUCAACCCUAUGUCGAGCAUCGUAUGGAGCAGCUAUCUUCUCUCGUCAUCGAUGACACGCUGCCGCCGGACACUGCGCCGACGAGUCCUUGGCCCGGAGUCAUUGCCAUCCGCGGCGAUCGUUUUCCAAAGCUGGAAUGCCUGACGCUCCGCGCGAUCGAACCAGUAGCGAGCAUCGUCGAUGCGCACUCAUUGACAUCGCUCACUCUGGAGGAUCUAUGGUAUGAGACAUGGAGCGGAUACCUCGACUUACUCAAAGGCUGUCCAGCUCUGGAGGAUCUCACACUGAUUCCCUCGAAACCGAGUCAAGGGCUGUCGCUACCGUCGGUCGCCGACCCAUCGUUUCCAUGCGGCAUCUCCGACAACUCAAUUUCAGGGACUUCCGUGAACGCGGGGGCAUAUCAUAUCUUCUUGCGCAUCUCGCUCUCCCGUCCCGGUUGAAAUCGACAUCAACAUCGACAUGGACUCCAACUUCGAUGAGGAUGACCUCGAGCGACUCACGCAUAACCCUAGCUUAUGGAAAACGUCCUUCGCGAGCGUUAUUCCCGAGGACAAGACGUUCAUGCCCGUAUUCUCUGCGAUUCGAACAGUAACAGCGAUGAUCAGCGAUGAUCGUCUGGAAGUAUUGGCAUCCGCG